AUGGAUCAGGAUCGAGCUCUGGUCGAAUUUCUCAGGACUUCAAAGCAAAGAAUAGCCGAAUUCGUUGAAAAAAACCAAUCUGACCAGAAGUUGGAGAAAUUACUGGAGAGAACAAAGGAAAUAUCGAAAUUUAUUGACUCCUUAAUUGAAUUCGUCGAGCCCUGCUUUUCAGAAUCAUCCCAAUUUUCCAUUAAGAAAUAUGAGGACUGCGUGUUCAUUAAUAGGAACGUCAACUGCGAGAAUGAAAUAGCUUCAUUGCUUCAGCAGAUUCAGGACGAGUCAUCGGAUUUUUUGUCAUUUCUGGAGAACUUGCAAGUCGUUUUCAGUUCUAUCCACCUGAUUAACCCAAACUCAGCUAACUCUAAGCCCGUUGCUGGCUCUAGGUUGGUGAGCAAGACCAACAUACUCAGUCUACACAAGGAAAACAGAUCACUAUCAAGUGAGUUGGAACGAGUUAAGGAUAAGAUUCUGAAGAAUGAGAGUAAAUUGGAUGAGCUGGACAAAGCUAAGGAGAAGUGCGUGAAUGAGUUGAAAAGAUGCGCAGAGGUUCUGUCGACGUUCUCGCAGCCGGAACUGGAUAGCAGCCAGAUUGACAAAAGGUUGUCCUUAUAUGAGCAUUUGAACGAAUAUAAUAGUUCCUUCUACUUGAACACAUAA